GAACUCCUCGGCAAAAGAGCCAAAUCCCAAAAACCUGGAGGAGCUAUCUGUGGUGGUCUCUAAGCAUGAACGCGUCGGGAACACACAUCGACGAGCCAGUCACGCCGGCCGGCCGCCUUUUUCUGCAGCAAGAUAUGCUCCAAGUAAUCCACUGCAUCAUCCGCGGCACACAGCCCAUCGAUCUCGCCGCCGUCCGGUCCGAACUCGCCGACUCCGUCAUGAUCAAGCACCCCAGGUUCUGCAGCCUCAUGGUGCGGGACCGUCACGGCCGGGAACACUGGCGGAAAACCGAGAUCGACCUCGACCAGCACCUCAUCGUCCUCGAGGAGCCGGUCGGAGAAGGCGGCGACGAGCAGGCGGUGAACGACUACGUGGCGGAUCUGUCUGUGUCGUCGCCGCUCAGCCCGGAGAAGCCUCUCUGGGAGAUACACGUGUUGAGAGCCCACAAAUGCGCGGUGUUCAGGCUCCACCACGCCUUGGGCGACGGUGUGUCGCUGAUGUCGAUGCUGCUGGCAGGGUGUCGGCAGGCCGAUCGUCCCGAUGAGAGGCCGAGUAUCGUUUCUGGCGUUUCGAAGGUGAACAACGGCGGCGGCGGCGGGUGGGGGCUGGGGAGGGUGGUGAGUGUGGCGUGGUGGACAGUGGUGUUUGUGGUUCAGAUGAUGCUGAGGACGCUUUGGGUGAGGGACCGGAGGACCGCCGUGAGCGGCGGAGAGGGGGUGGAGCUGUGGCCGAGGAAGCUGGUGACGGCGAAGUUCCGCUUGGACCACAUGAAGGCGGUGAAAAAAGCUGUGCCUGCCGCAACCAUUAACGAUGUGCUUCUUGGGAUUGUGUCAUCCGGGCUAUCAAGGUACCUCCAUAUCAGAUCACCAAAAGCUUUGCCAGAGGGGCUCCAAAUCACUGGUCUAGCCAUGGUUAAUUUAAGAACACUGCCCCGAUUACAGGAUCUCCCGGAUCUGAUGCGGGGCAAUUCUGGAUUGCGGUGGGGUAACAAAUUCGGCAUAGUUCUCCUGCCUGUCCAUUACCAUCCACGCGGCGACGAUCCUCUGCAGCAUGUGAAGAGAGCCAAGAAGAUGAUUGACCGGAAGAAACAGUCUUUGGAGGCUCAUUUCUCGUACAGAUUAUUGAACUUUUUGAUAGCCUGUUUCGGAGCAAAGGCUGCAAGCUGGCUUAAUUACAGGGUUAUCUGUAACACGUCCUUUACCCUCUCGAAUUUGGUUGGCCCCAGCGAGGAGAUUAUGCUCGCGGGCAAUCGUAUAACUUACGUGAGGGUGACUAACACGAGCCUGCCUCACGCGAUCACAAUGCACAUGAUGAGCUACGCAGGCCGAGCUGAGAUGCAAAUCCUGGUGGCCAAAGACAUCAUCCCCGACCCAGAAGUUCUGGCAAGGUGUUUCGAAGAUGCCCUGCUCGAAAUGAAGGAAGCCGCUGGGGCGAGUCGCCUCCAUGUCCAAUAAAUUUUCAUGCAGAGAGCCAGAGUUGUAUGUGCCAAGAGAGUACGUCUCGCUCUGAUUCUUUCAGAUGGAUUGGGAAUGAAAGCGACGAGUCUUGUUUACCCAAGACGACUUGGAUAGCGGUUUUUAGGUUCUAGAACCUUUUGGUUGUUCCAGAAAUUAUGUUGACGCCCUUCUCGCGCUACUUUUCUCUUCUUGUGUUCACGUUGCAAAGUGGGUGAAAAACUGGAAGAACGAUAGAUAUGUUAAAACAUAAGAAGACUAGCUAGUGGCUACUGGUUACCCCAGUAAUUGACAAAGCUUUACUUACACA